AUGGUGCGCAAGCCGGAGCUUGUGCCGCCCCCGCUCUCCCAGGCUACCUACCAUCCUCCCUAUCCCACCACUCCGCCCGACGAGCACCCACCGCCACUUCCGCACGACGCCAACGGCUAUCAAUUUGUCUCGCACGAAGACGCCCGCCGCUCCGAGAGCGACGACGACAUCAGCUCCUCCUCUGACUGGGACGAGCCCGACGACGACGAUGAGGACCAGAAGGGCAACAUUCCCGCGUCGCUGAGGCCUGGUGGCCAUCGUCCGACCUCGUCCCAGCAGGCGAAGCCCGACGAGCUGCCCGCCUUGCUGAGGGUAGGGCCUCCGGGUGGCUCGCCCGCCCCGCGCAUAUCCAUUGACUCGGAGGACGACAGAGCCAAGGCUGAGGAGAAGACCGACGAGAAGAAGCCCGACCCUCAGCCCUCAGUCUCGUCGCCCCCGCCUGCACUGGCCACGCCGCCUCCGCCUACCGCCUCGCCUCCGGCUGUUCCCGCUGUGUCGACGCCUCCGCCUGCGACGAACGUAGCAUCGGAGUCCCCCGCGACUGCCGCGUCCGAGCGCCGGCCUACCAUAACCCUCAAAUCGCAGAACCCGUACCUGAACAUCCAGUCUCAGUCGACGGGCGAAAGUGCAGAACAGGAUGGCGUGCCCAAACCCUGGUCGCAACAAGAGUCGAUCCCCCAGGAACCCAUUGAGAUGCCUUUGGACAACAGCACCCCAGUGGAGCAGUUUUCAAACAUGUCUCUGGCAAACACGGCUGAGGACAAGGCGCAGUCACCGGGAGCUAAGCCUCUUCCGGGUCUUCCUGGAGAUGUUGUCAAGCAGACAACCGCUGAUGUCAGUCCGACCGCACCCACGGCAAAUGCACAGCGCCAUGACUCGGAUGCUUCAAGCGUCUUCUACCCCGGCAUGGACGUCUCCUCUCUGGACGGGCAGAGCUCGCGAACUCGUGGCCUUCCGGAAGACUCGGAUGCUCAACCGAGGCGCACAUGGCAGGAGCAACAGGCGUGGGAAAAGAGCGAAAGGGAGAGAAGAGAGCGUGAGGCCGCCGAGGCACAAGAGCGAGCUUUGCAGGAGGAGAGGGAGAGGCAAGCAGAAGAGGAGUGGCACAGAGGUGAGGCUGCCGCGAAGGCUGCUGCCCAGUCGCAGCCUCCCGCUCAGCCCGCCGCAGAGACUGCUCCACCGCUGCCUCCUCGGCCGGGAACGUCGUCGACUACCGCCGAACAGGCGCCAUCGCGUUCGCAAAACAUCAGCACCGCUGAUGGUCCCGCCGGAGAGGAAUCCCCAGACACAAGGCAGAGGAAGGAAAACUACUCUAUCAAGCACAUCCGAUGGUUCGACAGUCAUACCAACAACCUGCGCGAAGCCCCUGUUCUGACGCAGAACGCCAAUGGCCCCUGUCCUCUCUUGGCUCUCGUAAAUGCGCUGGUCCUUUCGACUCCACCGCGUCAACAGUCAAGCUUGUUGGAGGCCCUGAAGACAAGGGAGACCAUCAGCCUUGGCUUGCUGUUGGACGCCGUGUUUGACGAGCUGAUCACUGGUCAAAGAGGCACUGCCGCCCAGGAAUUGCCUGACGUGGGUGAUCUGUAUGCUUUCCUACUCGCGCUGCACACCGGAAUGAAUGUCAACCCGCAGUUUGUCGCGACUGGGUCCGAGGAUUUGAUUGACCAUGCCACGCCACAGGGAAAGUCCAACCCUGGCAGCUUUGAGCAAACCCGAGAGAUGCGACUCUACAGCACCUUCAAUGUUCCUUUGAUCCACGGGUGGAUGCCGCCUCCAGACUCGGUUGCUUAUGCGGCUUUUGGCCGCUCCGCAAAGACUUACGAAGACGCGCAAAACAUUCAGUUCCACGAGGAAGAGCUUGAGGCAAGGCUCUCGACUUCGGGCUUGUCGCCCCAGGAACAGAACCUGUACCAAGACUUGCAAGCAAUCAAAGAGUUCCUACAGAGAUACCCAACGCAGUUGACCGAUUAUGGCUUGAAGGUCAUGAAGGACAGUUUGAAGCCUGGUCAAUUUGCCAUUCUUUUCCGCAACGACCACUUUUCCACCAUCUACAAGGAGCCUCAGUCUCAGAAGGUGUUUUCUCUGGUCACUGACACGGGCUACUCCAGCCACGAGGAGAUAGUGUGGGAGAGUCUGGUUGAUGUCAGCGGUAGAGGCAGCGAGAUGUUCUCUGGUGACUUCCGAGCAGUCAGCCACAACCAAGGGACGGGUCCAGAGCGGCCGAUCCGAAGCCUUUUGGAUGACGAGCCUCCUCGGCAGACCAGUGGCUUCCCCAACGGCGGAGGCAUCACCUAUCCCCAGGAAAACGGCACGGUCGGGGCCGGCACCGAACAGGAGGAUGCCGACCUCGCACUGGCUCUGCAGCUUCAGGAAGAGGAAGACGAUCGCCACCGGCGCGAGGCAGAGGAGCGCCGGCGGCGGGAGAACGAGCUCUCCCACAACUUCCUCUCCAACGAAGCGAGCUCCAACGCCGGCCGGCCCGGCCGCAUCACCGACCCCAUCCGCGGCUCAGACGUCCGGCCGCUCAUUCCCCCGCGCCGCAACAACGUCCAGACCAACCGGCCGCGGGUCGACGGCGAAGAACCGCCGCCGCCGACGUACGAGCAGGCGGCCAGCUCCCCAGCAUACGUGCCCGGACAGGGACAGGGCCUGCCGAACCCGCCGCAAGGAGGCGGUGGCGGCACGCCCGGCCAUGGGCGUGGACAAAGCGCUUACGCGUCGACCAGCCAGGGUCAGAGCUAUUUCAUUGGCGGGAGGCCCAGUGGCCGCGGCAGGAGAACGAGCCAGCCGGCGCCGGCGGCUGGCAGCGCAGCAGCAGCAGCAGCGGGGCCCAGCACGCCCGCUGCUCCCCACGGCCGGAGGCAUAGCGGACAGGGUGGCCCGGGUAAGGAUGAGAAGUGUGUUGUCAUGUAA